GAAUUCCUUCAUUCUUUCUGUCCGUCUACGUCCGGUUGGAGAGCGUGUGUUGAUUUCCCGACUCUCUUGAUUUCUGUCUGAUUUACUGGUGAUUUCUUCUAUCUCCACUUUCUUUUUCUUUGUACGAGUUCUCCCCUCCCUUGAGAGUGAACCCCACGCUUUUCUCCCCUCAUUUUGCAAACCCCUCCUUCGCCCCCGACUAUUCGCAACAAAUUCCACCCCAUGGCUUCGCCGGAUUUCGAGGCUGCCACUGCCCUUAAGGUGCAGGGCAACAAGGCCUUUGGUCAGCAUGACUGGCCUACCGCCAUCGACUUUUACACUCAGGCUAUCGACAAAUAUGAUCGCGAGCCGUCGUUCUUCAGCAAUCGGGCUCAGUGUCACAUCAAACUCGAGGCCUACGGCUUUGCUGUCGCGGACGCCACCAAGGCGUUGGAGUUGGACCCGUCCUACACCAAGGCGUACUGGAGGCGAGCGCUGGCCAACACGGCCAUUCUCCACUACAAGGAUGCCCUGAAGGAUUUCAAGACGGUGGUGAGGAAGGAGCCCGGCAACCGUGAUGCGAAGAUCAAGCUGGCCGAGUGCGAGAAGCUGGUGCGCCGGUUGGAGUUUGAGAAGGCGAUUGAGAUCGGCGACCCGCCGUCUGCGUUUGAGGGCCUCGACAUCGAUUCGAUGGCGGUCGACGCCAGCUACGACGGCGUGCGGAUUGAGAACGAGAUGACCCAGGAGUUUAUCGACGAUAUGAUCGAGCGGUUCAAGAACGGCAAGAAGAUCCACCGCAAGUAUGUGUUCCAGAUCAUCAAGGCCGUCAAGGAUCUGGUGUACGCGGAGCCCACCAUGGUCGAGGUUGGCGUCGAGCAGGAUCGUCGCCUGACGGUGUGCGGUGACACGCAUGGACAAUUCUUCGAUUUGCUCGAGAUCUUCCGUCUCAACGGAUACCCCACCGAUACGCACGCUUACCUGUUCAACGGUGAUUUCGUGGACCGCGGCUCGUGGUCUACGGAGAUUGCCCUUCUCCUCUACGCCUACAAGUGGCUGCGUCCCAACGGUAUUUUCCUCAAUCGCGGCAACCACGAGACGGACGACAUGAACAAGGUGUAUGGAUUUGAAGGCGAGUGUCGGGCCAAGUACAACGAAACAGUCUUCAAGGUCUUCUCGGAAUCCUUCUCCGCCCUGCCCCUGGCCACGUUGAUCGGCGACAAAUAUCUCGUCCUCCACGGCGGUCUCUUCUCCGACGACAAGAUCACCCUGGACGACAUCCGGAAGCUGAACCGUCACAACCAGCGGCAGCCGGGCCAGCAGGGGUUGAUGAUGGAGAUGCUCUGGACCGACCCGCAGACGGAACCCGGUCGCGGACCCAGCAAGCGCGGCGUUGGCCUGCAGUUUGGCCCCGACAUCACCAAGCGGUUCUGCGAGAACAACGGGCUGGAGGCCAUCAUCCGCUCGCACGAGGUUCGCAUGGAGGGGUACGAGGUGGAGCACGACGGGCGGUGUAUCACGGUGUUCUCGGCGCCCAAGUAUUGCGACUCGACGGAGAACAAGGGCGCGUUCAUCAAGAUCGGACCGGAGCUUAAGCUGGAGUACCAGGUCUUCGAUGCGGUGCCGCACCCGGACAUCAAGCCGAUGGCCUACGCACAGAACUCGAUCAUGUCCGGUACGAUGUGAGGGAUUAUCAUAUCUCUUCGACUAUAUUUUUCUUUUCUUUUUUUGUCCCAUCCUUUUGCCUUCUCUAUGCCCUAGGCGCAUUCGUGGGCGAUCCAGCAGCGAGGCAGAGGAUUUCUGGACUAGAGUUCCACACGCUGGCAUAACGCGCCUACCUAGUAGAUAGACCGAUACCCUGGCGUAGGAAAAUGGGAAAAGCGAUCUUGGAGUAGAUGUCUUGUCUUGGGAUACGGGAUACCCGAGCGCUGCAUGUUAUGUAUUGAAUCACGAUGGGAGGACGAUGGCACGUUUUGCAUAGCGAAUUCGAUAUCUUUCCAGACGUAUUGUUUUG